GUUUUCCUCCCACUGACUGUUCUUCCAUCCUACCAACGGGCCAGAUCGCAGAGAAAUUGUUACUCUGAGGAUUGUUCUGUUUCACCAGGAUGAAUCUUCACAACUACCCUAUACCUGAGUUAGAUGUUACCCUGAAAGAAGUGGGCCGUGUCCUGCAGCUCACUUUAAGUCCUGACCGUUACCCUGAGUUCAAACAUACACUGGAACAGCAGAGGGAGCUUCUUCAAGAUGCCCAGCAGAAACUAGCAGCUAGAGCUGCAGGCCAAGAGAACUGGGUAACGGAGCAGUUCAAGAGAGCCCUGCUGUCUUGUACCGACCCCUUGCCAACUUCCACAGCUCUGCCUGUAAUUCUCCUCCCAUCCAAAGCAAAAAGAUGUACCCAGGUGGGGAGGGCCGCCGCUCUGCUCUGGGCAGCAGCAAAGCUGUACAGUGAGCCCUUGUUGCUGGAGGGCAAUGUGCCAAUGGAGCGCACACAGCAAUCUGAAGUAUUUGCAGCCAGCAGGAUUCCUGGCAAGAGCCAAGAUGAGAUUAAGGUUUAUCCAGAUAGCCUCCAUGCCAUCAUUACUUGUGUUAGAGGAGUGUUUCCUGUUGACAUUUUGUGGCGCCCCAGCACUGGAGGCCCAGUUUCUGCUCGGUCAUUUACUGACAUCUACAAUCAACUGGCUCUGGUGAUGGACCAACCCAGAGCAGGAAAACAGAAUGAUCCCUCCACCAUUUGCAGCCUUUCAGCUCUAGGACGGAAAACCUGGGCCUCUACUAGGGAAGAGAUCCUUGGGCAAGGAGGGGCCGCAGCAGCAUCACUGGGGCUGAUGGAGAGCGCUGUGCUUACACUUUGUCUGGAAGAUUGUAAUGCACCAUCUGAGCUGGCCGACAUUCUCAAUGCAGUGAGGCUAGGAGGAGGAGGAGACAGUCCAUGCCUGAGAUACUAUGACAAGGUGGUGAAUCUGGUGGUGUUCAAGGACAGCACAGCUGGGAUGUUGUUUGAGCACAGUGCAGUGGACGGGAUGGUAGCUGGGCUUGUGACUGAGCGUGUUUAUCAUUUGUCUGAGACUGUUGACUUAACCUUAGUCCAUACUGACACGCCAAAUAUGAAUGGGUCUGUCACUUCAAACAAUGUUGAUUCUGUUUUCCCAGCCUCCUUGUCAUUUCCCUUGCAAGGAGUGCAUACCCCUAAAUCAACCCCUGACUUAAAAGCAACACAUCCAGUACUCACCUUUGACCUCCCUUCCUAUCCUGAUGUGUUUUCUACCCUCCGAGGGCAUAGAGGCCUGUAUGAUGCUUGGAUCAACUUCUCUUUGCAGCUUUCCCUGAGGCAGACUCUUGGAGAUUCAGCUGCCCAACACAUACUAGUUACACCUACUCAUAUGCGUCACUACAAACAUGGCCGAUGUGAUCCAACAUACUCACUCACCAUGCAUUCUCGCAAGCUAGUUGGUGCUAUUGCAGCGAGCAUCGGCCCAGAUAAAACAUUUCAAUAUAGUAAUGAUCUUUUACGUCUGUUCCACAUUGCAUUUUUGGAGCAUAAGAGCUUAAUCAAAAACACCAAAAAUGGUCACGGUAUUGGUCCCCACCUAGCUGCUCUACGUAGAUCUUUGCCUUCUGACAACCCUCUGAAGAGGUUUUUGGACCCUUUUGGAUGUCCAUCUGUGUACCUCACUGGUACAGAUAUGAUGGAGGGUAUUGAGUGUGGAGUUGGGAAUGUUUAUGCCCCAGAUCAGCUGGCUGUAACCUACCUCGGGAAGAAAGACAGGGUUCGCAUUGUGCUUAAUGGCAAAGGCACCUUCACUCUGACACUGGAGAAACUCAAAGAAAACCUAAAUGUGAAUCUGAAGUUAGUGAUGCUUCUAGCUGUUAGAUAUGCCAUUGCAUCUCAGAUGGGAGCCCUAGAGUGUCUCCUACAACAAGGUCAAGCAGAGAAAAUGAAUGGAGAAUUACAUCACUCUACAGAGGGUCCAGACAAUAGCAAAACCAAGGAUGACUCUCGUACAAGCCCAGACUAUACCUUGUUGAUCCAUGGUGGGGCUGGAGAGGAGAUGAUGCUGAACCCCCUAGUGGUUGGGGUAAUUGAGUUUGCUUUGCAGACAGCUUUAUCCCUUGGAUCUAAAGUGCUGCAACAUGGUGGCAGUAGUCUGGAUGCAGUUCAAAGGUCAGUAGAAGCCCUGGAGGACUGCUUUCUAUUCAAUGCAGGUAAAGGCUCAGUAUUCAACAAAGAUGGCAAAAAUGAACUGGAAGCAACCAUUGUAGAUGGUAAAGCAAUGAAGUCAGGGUCUGUUGCCUGUGUGCAGCAUAUAAAGAACCCCAUAAAAGCAGCCAGAAAUGUCAUGGAGAAAAGUUCACAUCCACUUAUUGUGGGUACAGGGGCUGAGGAAUUUUUGCAGGCGGUGGGGGAAAAUGAGAAGCCUGUUGAUCCCGCAUAUUUCUACACUGAGAUUCGUCAUAGAGAAUUAACUGCCAAGCUCAGUAGUGGAAAUACUCAAAAAAACAAUCACCCUCAAACUGUAGGAGCUGUGGCCUUGGAUCAAUGGCAAGGGCUGGCUGCUGCAUCCUCUACAGGUGGGUUGGUGGGAAAGUUGAAAGGGCGAGUCGGUGAUACAGCAGUGGUAGGAGCUGGAAUAUAUGCUGAUGACAGGGUAGCUAUCACUUGUUCUGGAGAUGGGGAUGCAUUUCUGAGACACACAGUGGCACAGAAGAUAGCCAGCCUCUACCAUCACAAAGGAUAUAGCCUCAGACAGGCAUGUAGAGAAGUGAUGACUGAAAACCUGAAAGGGAUCUGUGCAGGUGUCAUCGCUGUGGAUAAUAAAGGUGAUGCCAUCAUUGAAACAAAUGCAGGUGUGAUGUUUGUUGCCUCAGUGAUAAAUGGUAUUACACGAGUAGAGGUCCUGAGACCUCUGAAAAGUGUUCCAAAUGUGAUCUGGGAAACUGAUGAACUUGUAGCCUACCUGCAUCCCAACCCGUGGACCCCAGGCUCAACCAUUCUGACUACAAAAAGUCUAGGGGGGGCAAGCAGCAUCUUCCAGUUGGCAAUACCUGAUUUUGUAGCUAUGAUGGAAGCAGCAAGAGAUGUGUCAAGGGUGUUGUGUGAGCGAUUAGCAGUGCAGCGCUGUGCCUUGGUUUUUAAUCCAACCCCUGAUCAUCCAGCUCAGAUCAGACUGCUCCCACUUCAUGGUCUUGAGCCAAAGUGGAAGCCCCAUCUGGCUGGGGAAGAAGAAUUCCAUCCUUAUGACCCUGGCUUCUGCACCUCAAAAAGCGGCCCACGCUGGGAUGAUGAAGCACUGACCCAAGUUCAAGGCAAGAUUAGAAAUGGAUUGCCAACACCAAAUGCACCCUCUUGCUUUGACUUCUUUGGAGACCCUUCAGAUGAUAACCUAUUUAGUCGUAUUGUCAGCGGAGUGCAGCAACAGUGGAGAGUGUGGGAAGACAGUGAGCAUGUUGCCUUCUUAACACCAUUUCCAAACACUCCAGGACUCACUGUUGUGGUGCCACGCAAACCACUGUCCAGUAACAUCUUCCGACUGGAUGAACCGGACUACAAAGCACUGAUCUUAGCCACAUAUAAAGUUGCAGGACUCCUGGAAAAAGGCAUGAGAGCUAGUGGAGUUGCUUUGAUCUUUGAGGGCUUUGAGAUUGACUACGCUCACGCUAAGCUGAUCCCUCUGUCACCUCCACCAGAUGGCAAUAAACCUACCAAAAUGCAACCUGAAUACUUCCAAAGCUACCCUGGAUUUGUGUCAUCUGUAGAUGGCCCACCUGCUGACCCCGAAGCCCUGAAAGAGAUCCACACAAAAGUCACCCAGUGUAGGCCACCACAUUCAUGGGAAGACCCUCAAUCACACUCCACAACUGCCAUGAAGAGCAAGUGGUAUCGCAACCUGUUCCAGAUUCAAAACACCCUUUUCCACAGCACUGUGGAAUAUUUCCACAGUACCUGCCAGUAUUCAUAUGCUUUGACCCCUCUCACUACAGACACCAUCUCCUCACCAAUGGGCCUGGGCUCUGACUCUGAGCCAGUUUCUGUCAACCUGCUUGGCCAGGACAUUUAUCUGGCUGACUCAAUGCAGUUUGUACUUGAAUAUUUCCUUCGUUUCCAGGAUAACCUGCCAGGGACUUACUACAUUUCUCCCAGCUUUAGAGGGGAAGAUCCUGAUUCCACCCACCUGAACCAGUUCUAUCAUGUGGAGUGUGAACUGCUGGGUGACAUGGACAAUGCCAUUUCCAUUGCUGAGGGAUACCUGGCACACCUCACUCAGUCCAUGUUGAAGAAACACUCAGAUAUAAUCCUCAACACUGCCGGGACACUUGCCCAUGCCACAGCCAUGCUGAACAAGCUAGAGGGAAAAACCCCACUACCAAGAAUUUCCUUAGAUGAGGCAAUUCCCAUGAUGUCUUCUCCUGAUUGCCUAGAGUGGGUACAAGAUGGCCAGCCCCAGUUUGGUCGAAAGCUCACACGUAAAGGAGAACGGCUGUUGAUAGAGAAAUAUGGAGGUGCUGUUUGGCUGACAGAGAUGGAUCACCUUGGAGUUCCCUUCUACCAGGCUUAUGUGGAGGGCACUGGGCGCUGCAAAGCCAAAGCUGCUGACCUCCUGCUGGGACUGGGUGAGACUGUGGGUCUUGGCGAACGCCAUUCUACACCAGAGUUGGUACAGGAGGCUCUCAGACACCAUGCAGUACCAGAGCAGUCAUACAAAUGGUACAUUAACAUGCGGCAGGUGAAAACACUUCUCACCAGUGGAUGGGGCAUGGGAACAGAGCGCUAUUUGUGUUGGCUGCUUCAGCAUGAUGACAUCAGGGACAUGCACAUCAUACCAAGGAUGAAAGGAAUGAAAUACUUACCAUAAUCAUGAUUACUCCAUGAAUAUUUAGGCCCACAGAUGUGAUAUGAUUAUGUUGAUAAUGGGCUAAAUAGAGAAAAAAAAAUCAACAAUCACCUCUGAUCUUCCUGCUAUAUAUCUUUUUUUUUUUUUUUUUUUUUUUUUUUUUUUACAGACACUUACACCCAUCAAAGUAAAGCGACAUUUUUGCUGUCAUCACAGACAAAUAAUAAAAUGUAGAGAAAUCUGAAAUGAUGUUGAAUGAAGCAAUUCAGUGGUUUUUCUUUAGAUGUUUAACAAUUGUAUUGUGACUCCAAAAGCAAAAGAUACAUGAACAUUACAUAAAAACGAAUAUUUAUAUGGGUUAUGGGUGAGAGUGCUGACAAAAUUUUGUGUUAUUUG